AUGAACUUGGAAGGCCUCGAAAUGAUCGCGGUGCUGGUGGUCUUGGUCCUCUUCGUCAAGGUGCUGGAGCAGUUCGGCCUCUUCGAGCCCGUGUCCUUGGAAGGCAACCCGCCGGUCCAAACUAAAAAAGCGCUGAAGCAGCGAUUCCUCAAACUGCUGCCCUGCUGCCGGCCCAAAUCCAUCCCCUCGCUCAGCGAAAACAGCGUUGAAGAUGAGUUUGAGCUCUCCACUGUGUGCCACCGCCCCGAGGGGCUGGAGCAGCUCCAGGAGCAGACCAAGUUCACCCGCAAGGAGCUGCAGGUCCUGUACCGAGGCUUCAAAAACGAGUGCCCAAGCGGCAUCGUUAACGAGGAGAACUUCAAGCAGAUCUACUCGCAGUUCUUCCCGCAGGGAGACUCCAGCACUUACGCCACCUUCCUCUUCAACGCCUUCGACACGGACCAUGACGGCUCCGUCAGCUUUGAGGACUUUGUGUCUGGGCUGUCCAUCAUCCUGCGGGGCACCAUCGACGACCGCCUGAACUGGGCCUUCAAUUUGUACGACCUAAAUAAAGACGGCUGCAUCACCAAAGAGGAAAUGCUGGACAUCAUGAAGUCCAUCUAUGACAUGAUGGGCAAAUAUACCUACCCGGCCAUGCGGGAGGAAGCGCCCCGGGAGCACGUGGAGAACUUCUUCCAGAAAAUGGACCGAAACAAAGAUGGGGUGGUGACGAUCGAGGAGUUCCUGGAGUCCUGUCAGAAGGACGAGAACAUCAUGCGGUCCAUGCAGCUCUUUGACAACGUGAUUUAGUUCCCGGACCUGCCUCCAGCCGAGCUCUCCUGCUGCCGGGCCCAGAAUCUGCUUCUCUCUUGACUUCCUUUGAGCCUCCCCACCGCCGGCUGCACAGGCACCCCGGAGGGCAGGGGCCUCCGUUCCCGGGAUGCGGUCAGUGACGGGAUGCUCCCUUUCCCCUGGACCGGCUCUGCUUUCCAUGGGGGAUCCCCAGCAGGCACUCCUGGACAUCGGAGCACGGGCACAGCUGGCACAGGGCAAGCGUUGGGCCUGGAUGGA